AUGGAGACCAAAGAGGGGACCACAGACGAGACGAAUGCUCUCUCAGAAAAGGAGAUCAACCACCAACGAGAAGUCCAGUUCAAAGCACGGCAUUUACUCGUCGUCGCCUUCUUCUUCCUCAUCUUCAUCUUCCACGCCCUCGCCAUCUACCUCUUCUGCUCCGGCUUCCUCCUCUCGCGCCUCGUCCUCCCCAACCGCUCCGAAUGCGCCGUUCCUCCCACCGACCUCGCCACGAUCCCCGACACCGGCUGCUGGCAUCCGCAAUCUUUCCCCAAAGCCGUCAUCAUCGUGAUUGACGCUCUUCGCUACGACUUCACCAUCCCGCACGCGAAUUCGACCUCCUCGCCGCACCAACACUUCCACAAUGCGUUGCCGUUCUUGCAUUCCACCGCUCUCGAGCAUCCGGAGAAGGCUUUCCUUCGACCAUUCAUUGCGGAUCCUCCUACGACAACGUUGCAACGAUUGAAGGGAUUGACGACAGGGACACUACCAACCUUCAUUGAUGCUGGUUCGAACUUUGCAGGCACGGCCAUUGACGAGGACAAUCUGGUUGAACAGCUAUAUCUAGCAGGCAAGAAGGUGGUCCACCUCGGCGACGAUACGUGGCACUCCCUUUUUCCCGGCCUUUUCGAACCAAACCUUACACGAGCCUACGAUUCCUUCAACGUCUGGGACUUGCACACUGUCGACGAGGGAGUCAACGAGCACCUCUUCCCAUUGCUGGAACCAGGACGUCAAAAAGAGUGGGAUGUGGUGAUUGGACAUUAUCUAGGCGUGGAUCACGCAGGACAUCGAUAUGGACCUGACCACCCCGCGAUGGGAGACAAAUUACGACAGAUGGAUGGUAUACUACGCAGGAUAGUGGAGAAAUUGGACGACGAUACUGUGCUGGUGGUGCUGGGCGAUCAUGGUAUGGAUGUCAAGGGUGAUCAUGGAGGGGAGUCGGACGAUGAGGUGGAAGCUGCGUUGUGGAUGUACUCGAACAAGGGAAUCUUUGGACGAGAGAGCCAAGAGGAUGUCAUGCCUCCUCAGACGGCGAAGGAGAGGCCUGUGGCGCAGAUCGAUCUCGUGCCGACGUUGGCGUUGUUGUUGGGUAUUCCGAUUCCGUUUAACAAUUUGGGACAUCCCAUUUCCGAGGCAUUUCAUGGGGAUGGAGGAGUCACGCAGCCGGAUUAUGGCAAGUUGGCGGAAGUGGGUAGGCUUACGGCUGCGCAGAUUCAUCGGUAUCAAGGGGAGUAUGCGAAGGCGAGAGGACUGGAUGAGGAUGCGACGAGUUCGACAGAGGCGUUGUGGGCGAAGGCGGGAGAGGUGUGGAAGGAUGUUGGGUCUGGAAAGGGAACGCAGAGAAGUGCAUACGAGGCUUUUCGCGCGUAUCAGGCGGAGAAUCUGCGGAUCUGCAAGAGUCUGUGGGCGAGGUUUGACAUUGCGAGCAUGAUUAUGGGGAUUGUGGCAUUGGUGGGCACGUUCGCUGUCAUUGCGAUGUAUGCGCAGGGCGUGAACGGCGAUCGAGCAGCGUUGACACCUGCCUUGCUUGGAUGGGGAUUGAUGGGUACGACCGUGGGAGGACUCAUCGGCGCAGGCGUCGGAUCGAUCCCCGAAUUCUCCUUCACGCAAUACACGGCUUUCGGCGCUGCGAUAGGAGGCAUCCUUGCGACUCUCCUCGGCUUCUAUCCUGCGAGAGAGAUCCUCAAGUGGCCUGUGCCGACGACUUUCUGGGGAUGGCUAUGCACUCUCAGCACCCUCCUCCUUUGCAUUGGAUUUGCUUCCAACUCCUUCACGAUCUGGGAAGACGAGCAACUGCUAUUCCUCCUCUCUACCUUUGGGAUUUGCAUGCUGGCAUCCUCUCUUGGACAAGCGGACUACAACGACCGCUUCCUGGGCGCGACCAACUCCCUUUCCUUCCUCUUCUGCACCCGUCUGGCCAGCUUGUCCCGCCUCUGCCGCGAAGAGCAAAUGCCCUACUGCAUCUCAACGUACUACGCCAGCUCGACAUCCUCAACCUCCGCGAAAUGGCAACUCGCCAUCCCCUUCGCAGUCGCCACUCUGCUCCCAUCCGCUAUCAAACACUUCUACGUUCGCACACAAAACUACCACGGCUCAGCAGUCAUCUGGAUCGGCAUCGCCAUGCGCCUCGGCUUACUCCUCGUCGCCACAUUCUGGACGAUCGAUGCCGCCGACGACGGAGAUUGGUUCCCAGACCUCUACUCCAAGUCCACUCUCAAGUCCGUCCGCGUCGUCAUCGCCCAGAUCGUCCUCGCUCUAGCUUUCGCCGCCGGCUACGGUACCUACAUCUGGGCAAGCCCCAUGCUCGUCGUCCGGCAAGAAGCCGCCGACACUCCUUCUCCGACAACCCCCUCCCUCAAAUCCACCUCCAAACCCAUCACCUCCGACGCGGACGCACCCGUCUUGACGACCAUCUCCUCCCGCGGCCCCGUCGCUCCUCGUCCAAAACUCAUCAUCCUCGGCUACGCCAACACCCACGGCACGCGCUACCUCCUCCUCCCCUUCCUCUGGCUCCUCGCCCUCCUCCUGCUCUCCAAACCCAUGGGCCAAGGCGUGCUCGCCCUCCUCAUGAUUUCAAUCCUCAACCUCCUCGAAGUCAUCGACGCCAACGACCUCCGCCGCUCCCCCAUCGGACCCAUCGUGCUCGCUUUACUCGGCAGUUUCCACUUCUUCAAAACAGGCCAUCAAGCCGCUCUCGUUACAAUCCAAUGGGAAAGCGCCUUCGUCCCCCUCAAGACGAUUACAUACCCCUGGAGUCCGCUCCUCGUGGUGGGGAAUACUUUCGCGAGUUUCACUCUGUGUACCCUCGCGGUCCCGGCGGUGGUGUUGUGGAAAGUCCCGCCGAAGUUCCCUGGAUUGUUGGGUCGAGUGGCGGGCGCGAUGGCGACGUAUGUGUUGUUUUUCGCGGGGAUUGCGCUGGCGACGGUGGUGGAGGCGGGGUGGUUGAGGAGGCAUUUGAUGCUUUAUCGGGUGUUUAUGCCGAGGAUGUUGGUGGGGGUGGUGGUGUUGUUGCUGGUGGAGGUGCUGGGGGCGGUGGCUGCGGUGGGAGGGUGUCGGUGGGGGAUGGGGAGCGUGGGUGGGAUUUUUGGGUGGGCGGAGGGGUGA